AUGCUGCAGUCUCUGUGGAAAAGCAUUUCAUCGUGGGGGGAUCUACCAACGAGCUUUCCUUAUUCUCUGGGAUCCGCCAUACCUUAUGGUUUUGAGCUACCGGGGGGGUUCGUUCAAUUUUCUGCAACAAGCACAAAGCAAUCUGCCGGCGCAGCUGCCGAAGGAGCUGGUCGCCAGCAUCCCAUUUUGGACGCAUUGCUUAAUGCAGGAAACGCAUCUCAUGUGUCUGUAUUCGCCCUGAAACGUGCUAAACAGCAGUCAUCACCGUUCAAAGGCAACGGCUCAGUUUCCCAACACACUUUUGAGCAGGCGAAAAACCACUUUGCAAAGUGCAAGACACUGCUUCAUCCCAACCUCCUCAAGGUACUUGCCACAUAUGAAACAAGCAAUGCCCUUUAUAUUGUUACCGAAUGCUGUUUUUCCCUGGUACAUGUUGUACACCUCAGCCGACAGCAACAGCAGCAGCAGGACUUGGCUGCCAAACGGCCCCCUUCGCUGCCACAACCGCAUAAAUUCGAUCCUCCCAGAGCUCCAGUCGAUGCAGUAUCAGACUCCAUGCGUAAAGCGGAGGCUGCAGCAGUCGCUGCAGCUGGGACUGCUGCCAAGACCUGUUGGAAUUUUCUUGAGUUAACGGAGGGCCUUUCUUUCCUCCACGACCAGUGCAAGCUUGUUCACGGCGAGGUCUCGCCUUUUUCCAUUUUCGUCACUCCACAUGGAAAAUGGAAAUUGAGCUCCUUCGUUCUGACACGCCCCUUGGAGGAUGUCCGGUGGCCGGAGUUCUAUUCGUCAAUGCUAACAAGUGCAAGCGCAGCGCAGGGAUGGGAACCACCAAGACCCUCUCCAGGAUCCCGGCCAGACACGCUUGACAGGUGGGGCCUCUGCUCCGUCUUUGCCUGGUGGCAAGAGUGCCUUCGGGACCCUUAUAGCUCUGCCAGGCCUCUACGGUCUAACCGAACUGAUGCUGUUUCCUACGGGCUCGCAAUUGGCAUCAAUGAUGCAUCGUUUCACAAGGCCAUGCACAAAUUGGCUCCUCCCCUCCAGCGUUUGAUGCGGAAGAUCUUGGAUUCCAGCAACAGCGCGCCUCCACUAUCCAAGCUGGUGGAUGGAGGCGAUCCAUGCUUUACAGGCACGCGGGAUGUUUGUUGCCAGUUCUUGGCGUUUAUCCGAGCUUUCCCUGUUAAGAGCCAUGUGGACAAGGAGACGUUUUUUGAACAGCAACUGCCUGCUGCCCUCCAACAACAAACGAUACCGUAUGGCAUGGCUUUGCACUUGCUACUGCCUGAGCUGGCGUUGUUGUUCAUGAACAGCAGCGCAUCGGCUUAUCACUGUAGCAUCCUCAAGUGCAUCAUGUCAAUUGUAACGCCUUUGUCUACUCCGUCAGGAAGCUUGCUAGACCGCAACAGCUGCUCCAGGGAUGAGGAGGCGGUACCGCUCCACCUGCUUUCAGAAGUGCUGGCCCAUGCCUUUGACAACACGGAUAGGGCCAUCCGAUUUGCCUUGCUUUCCCAGCUACCUGCAGUGCAGAGUUUGCUACCGGACGAGUUUUUCGGUCGCACAUGGUCGUCAUUGACGCUUGGCCUCGAAGACUCCGCACCCCCUAUUAGGGCCUUCACUUCACGCAUUCUGUCACUGUAUGUUUCGCGUUUUCCGCGUGAGGCGCCGCAGACAUCUACUGCUUUUACGCUGCUUGAACAAAGGCUGCGAGACGCCGCAGGCGGAGUUCGCCUUGAGGCUGUUGUCUCUGCGGCUGCGGCAGCAAUGAGUCUUAGGGAGAGUGGCACAAGCGGGUCUCCACCUCUUUUAGUGGACAUCCUUUCUGCAUCACUUCGAGAUCCAGAAGAAAGCGUCCGACUGGCCGGGUUGCAGGCAAGCAUCUGUUGUGCGGAUUCACUGCCACUGGCAGGGUUGGUGACUCUGCUUGCUGCUGCUUCCGCGUGCUUUCUGUCGCCGUCAGGAGCAGUUGUUUCCUCAACCCCUGCAUGCAUCCAUGCCUUAACUGAUGCAGCAAAAGCAAGGGCAGAAGAGCAACAACAACCACUGCACCAGAGGGCAGAAGCAGGAGAACGCCCACACCAAGACAAAGACAAAUGCAAGCCAUCAGAUGGGUGGCUGGCGGCAAUGAAGAGCCUGGGAAUAACAUUAGGAUUCAGCAAGCGACAGACUGAUUCGACGGAACUUAUCUUGCAUAAAAACAAGGCCGGAAGCGAGCAUAUUGCAUCUUUGAUGACUAUGGGAGAUAAUUCCCCCACUGGAGUGCGCAGGCCUUGCCACCCAGCACAGCCUCCGCAGCCACCUCCAGCCCCUCUACCCAGUUCGCCUCUUAGCCGGUCAACUGACGACUUUAAGGAUGCACGUGAACCCAUAAAUUCGUGGGGUGACGAUAUGGAGAUUCCAGCAGACGCGUGGGAAACAAUUCCCGGUUUCGAAACCGGGAAGCAGUCGUUAACUCCCUCGUCUGGGAGCGGCGCGAGUGGGGCCGCUGCUCUGCAAAGGGAAGACAUUUUCAACAACUCUGCGGGGAAAAUGACCCAGCGCGCCGCGGCGCAGGGCGAAAUUCCGCGGCGUUUCACGGGGGGUCAAACGUCCGCCGUUAGUAGAGGCUCCAAUGGCACUAUGCGCCUUCAGACGGCAGCACCGGCACCACUAAUGGCGGUAAGUGGAGGCGGUGGCACAACCAGCUUGAGCGCGAACAAGGGGCCUUGCGCCCCAACUUCUGCAUCAAACGCAGAAGCAGCCUUAUCGGCCGAUGACUUUUUCGCUUCUGUUGAGAGAGAAGCGGCACAGCGGAACCUGUAG